ACAAGCCAUUGUAGCACAUGAACUGUUUUACUCCAGCUCCAUCUACCAACUCAUUCUUCGCCUCAAGAUUACUCGAUUCUCUUACCUCGACUCUACCCUCGUAACCACGUACAACUACCUGCACACCUCAUCGCCCAUUAUGUACUUACCAGCCUUCACCAUUCUCCCUCUCCUCCUCUCUUCCGCCGCAGCGGCAGCCCUGGAAACUGCCGAGGUCCGACAAGCCCGUUCUCUCGACCAAUCUUCGCCCAAUAAUGUCGGUAAUGGUUUGUUGUCCAGGAGAGUCGAGUGUGACUGCUGUCGAGCUCUGGGGCCCGGGUAUUGCUGGCAUGAGGAGGCGAAUGGGGAUAAAUAUUGCUCUGCUUGUAUUGUUGAUGUUUGUCAGAAGAGGUGUAUGUGAGAGGUCCUGUUUAUGAGGCAGGUUCAUGAAAGGGGAAGAGGUGAGUCGUGAG